CAUUAGAAAAACUACAUUAUGGACAUAGUACAUUUUGUGGUGGAGAAAGAAGUAUGUGAAGAGUACAUUUCAUUCAAGUAAUCACAUGGAUCUAGCAGUGAAGGGGCAAACUUGUAGGUGUGUGCCCCACCCUAGCAUAUACCUGUGGUACCAAAGGUGGCUUAUAUCAAACCAAUAAAUGCUGUCAGCUGAUAUUGCAGUCAAACAGGCUUGCAUGGAAUUUCUGUAUACUCCAAAAGCAGCAAUUAGUGCUAGAAAGCAUGUCUAAUCAUACGUAUUGAGACAAUGACAUCUAAAAUAAGAGGCAUAAAAUUUCAUGUGGAAAACUGCUCCUUGUGUGACCAGCUCUUCCUUGGGAGAAAAAUGGAGCAAGCAAGAGCCUACCUUUGGCCAUUGUCUGUAUGAACUAGGAGGAGUGGGAAAUAAGUAUGUGCACCUUCACCCUCUGAUUUUGCAGGUAUGUGAUGUUUUACUGUUGGAAAGUGACCUAAUAGGAAGUUGACAGGGACCCAUGCUCUGGUUAAAUGAUUUACCUAGCAAUUGAUAUUUAUGUUAAAUCUUUAUUCUAUCCAACUGCCCAUCACAUUAAAAGUUUCCACUAACGGGAGGGGGGAAAAAGGCAAUUCUUCAGCCUUUAUAUUAGAAAAAUUCACUUAACUGGUGUGCUAUUGGAGACCAUGUAAGGCAGACAAGAAUAUAGGGUGUAGUUGAGAUUGACUAAAUAUGGAAGUAGAUUCUUUUUACCUGCUGGGGAGAAGAUGCAUGGAUAAACAGCAAAAAAUCUGGUAACAAGACUGAUUGAUCUAUAUCCCUUUUAAAAGCUUAUUGCUAGAACCAGGACUCUGCCAAUGACAACUUCUAUGCAGUCAUUUCGGCUCUGAAACAUCAACUGGAUUUCAGCUAUGUGGAGGCUAAUGAGACUUUGUAAAAUUUGUUCAGUGCACCCUAAGAGCUGAACAUAUAGCACUGGGGAAAGGAAGAUUCUGCAUGGCCAAUAGUAUUCUGUGACAAGUACAAAAAAUGCUCUGUUAUAAACAAGGAAAGUACCAUACGUGUGAGACCCUCUUAACCAGCGUCCCAUUCUUUUUUUUUUAUUUGGUGCAAUACAGUGGAAAGAGCCAGCAAAGUGUAUUUUGUCAGUUCCGAUAUAACACAAUCAUUAGCUGAAUGAGUAAUGCAAGUCUGAUGUGUUCUGAAUACAGACUCAUUUUGCCAUAAAAAUUUGUACACACAUUUUGAUACUGAAUGCACAGGUAGGGUAAUGCUGAAAUGACAAAACUUUCAAAAGAAGUUAGUAACUUUAGUCUUAUGUAAAAUUAAUAUAGCAUAUGUAAUAAUGACCUUAAUUGGGUGAUAGCAGUGUCAAGAAUAGAUACAGUGGUCCCUUGACUUACGAAUUACUCGACAUCCGAAGUUUUUGACUUACGAACGGGACAAAUGGCCACACACUUACGAAUUUUUCUACAUCCGAGCGGAAACCGUUGGCGGUUUUAAAUGCGGUUUCCUCGACUUCUAGGGUGAUCUCAGACAAAUCUACCAUAGGAAAUAUGCAUCUUGAUCGCUAGUGAGAAAGACUAGAUUCCAAAGACUAGAACAAAAUACAGAAGCAGACAAAACAACAACUCUUUAGGGGUACAGGGAUUACUAUUCCCUGGUGUUCAAACAAAUCACUUACCAAUCAUCUGACAUCAUUCAUUGGCUAAAAACAGUGAUGGGAGCAGUCAGGCUGGCUCAUUUCAUAGAAAUCACUUAGGACCCUGCGAACUAGAGCCGGAAGUUGCCGCAGGGAAGUUGCAGCGAUGGCAGCAGCCCCCGCGCUCCCUUUAAGGCCAGCCUCUUCCGGGGCGGUGUCCCCUGCGCGCGUGCGCCGCACCGCAUUGCCGCCAAGGAGCUGUUUCCGCCUCGGAUCCCGCGAUCGGCGUAGCUUUACGUUUCUGCGGAUCUUCCGCCAUGGCUCGAAAUGCAGAAAAGGCCAUGACGGCCUUGGCGAGAUUUCGUCAAGCUCAGCUAGAAGAAGGAAAAGUUAAGGAGCGAAGGCCUUUUCUUGCUUCAGAAUGUAAUGAACUGCCAAAAGCUGAGAAAUGGAGGCGGCAGAUUAUUGGUGAAAUUUCCAAGAAAGUGGCACAAAUUCAAAAUGCUGGCUUAGGUGAAUUCAGAAUCCGUGACUUGAAUGAUGAAAUUAACAAACUCCUAAGAGAAAAGGGUCACUGGGAAGUCCGGAUAAAGGAGCUGGGAGGACCCGAUUAUGCAAGAAUUGGUCCCAAAAUGCUUGAUCAUGAAGGAAAAGAAGUUCCAGGAAACAGGGGUUACAAAUAUUUUGGAGCUGCUAAAGAUUUACCUGGUGUCAGAGAGCUUUUUGAAAAAGAACCCCUUCCUCCUCCCAGGAAGACACGAGCUGAACUCAUGAAGGCUAUCGAUGCAGAAUACUAUGGCUACAGAGAUGAGGAUGAUGGUGUCCUGGAGCCAUUGGAGCAGGAACAUGAAAAGAAAGUUAUUGCAGAAGCAGUGGAAAAAUGGAAAGCAGAGAGAGAAGCACGGCUUGCAAGAGGUGAUAAAGAAGAAGAGGAGGAGGAAAUAAACAUCUAUGCAGUAAAUGAUGAUGAGUCUGAUGAAGACAGUGGAAAGGAAAAAGAAGGAGAGGACAGUCAGCAGAAGUUUAUUGCUCAUGUCCCAGUGCCAUCACAACAAGAGAUUGAGGAAGCUCUUGUCCGAAGAAAGAAGAUGGAACUUCUUCAGAAGUAUGCCAGUGAAGCUCUUAUGGCUCAAAGUGAAGAAGCUAAGAGACUUCUAGGACUGUAGCGUGUGUUGAGACAGUUCUGUUUUAUAAUCCAUCCUAAAGCAUCCUGGGAGCAGUUGCUUAAAGCACAUUGGUUCUGCAAAAUUAAUGUAUUUACAAAUGCUGGAAACGAAGGGUGAUUUCUUUCCCUAAGCACAUUUCACUGCAAGCAUUUUACUCUGUCCUAUUCUGUACAAUUUUUUGUUUUCAGCUUCAGUAGUCAAAACUCAAAAUAACUAGCCAGCUUGCCUUUGAGUCGGCCUUUUCUAGCUACUUUCCUUUUUGCUUAAUUUCUGCUUUAUAUGGCAUUUUCAGUUGCUCUUAAAUUAGAAAUUAGCAUUCCAGUAUACUUCUCCAGCCUCAGUAAAAUACAACAGCAUUUAGAUGCUCACCCUUAUUGCCUGCAAAUUUGGAACAGAAUUGAAGGCAGUUUUUGCAGUGAUUUUUUAAAAAAAUGUUUGACUUCACAGCAGAACUGAAACGCUCUGCACAACUAAUACAGCUUUAUGCAGCAUGCUCAAAGCUUGAUGUGAACACCCACUUGGUUGGAUUUCUGAAAUGCUGGAUAUUUCAGCAACUAAUAUUGUAAAUACUGUUUCACCUUUGUAAUAACACUCGGAUCUUUUCAGUAAAUAAUUUUUAUGUGGA